AUGGGCAACAGCCUGAAAGCCAUUGUCGCUUUUGUGCCCUCCGAUGAGUGCCAGAAGUACCUCCUGGAGGACCUGGAGGAGAUGCCCGUGGACAAAAUGGUGGAUCUGAGCGGCAGACAGCUGCGGAGGCUGCCCCUGCACAUCUGCUCCUUCAGGGAACUGGUCAAGCUGUACCUGAGCAACAACAACCUGGCACAACUCCCUCCUGAGCUGGAGCAGCUGCAGAACCUGCAGAUUCUGGCACUAGACUUCAACAACUUUCGAGCACUGCCGCUGGCCGUGUGCGCGCUGAAGCAGCUCUGCAUCCUCUACCUGGGCAACAACAAGCUCUGCAGCCUGCCUCUCGAGCUGCGGCUCCUGCAGAACCUCAGGACCCUCUGGAUCGAGUCCAACUGCCUGCAGCAGCUGCCCGAGGUGGUGUGUGAGCUCAGCCUGCUCAAGACGCUGCACGCUGGCUCCAAUGCGCUGCGCACGCUGCCCACCCGCCUGCGGCGCCUGCGUGAGCUGCGCUCCAUCUGGCUCUCGGGCAACUUGCUGGCCGAGUUCCCCUCCGUGCUCCUGCACAUGCCUUCUCUGGAGGUGAUCGACGUGGACCGCAAUGCCAUCCGUUUCUUCCCCAGCCUGGCCCACCUGCCCGGCCUCAAGCUGGUGAUCUAUGACCACAACCCCUGCCGCAACGCCCCCAAGGUGGCCAAGGGGGUGCGCAGGGUGGGGAGGUGGUCGGAGGAGAGCCCCGAACCCCGCAAGCGCUCCGGGGCUGUGAUUGAAAUCUCGCUCAGUGAGAGACCGUCACCACCUCCUGCCAACAAAGCUGAGCCAGAAGCGGAGGCCUGCUGA